AUUCUUCAGAUUCCUCUCCUUUUGAUCUUCUCCUUAAGGAAUCACUCUCUUUGUUUCUUCGAUCCGGUGUAAGAGAAAUGGUCGUUAUCAACAGCCUUCGACGCUUGGCGCGUACCACUCAGGUUAAUUUGCAGAGUAGGUAUGCCACUUGCAUGUCUGGGAACUCGAUCUCCAGGAGGAUCUUCACUACUGAGGCAGCACCUGAGAAGCAAAACUCUGUUAGGUCUAAAGGGCAUGAUAUGCUUGCACCUUUUACUGCUGGCUGGCAGAGUGCUGAUUUAGAUCCCUUGGUCAUCGCUAAGUCUGAGGGAUGUUAUGUGUAUGAUGCCAAUGGGAAAAAGUAUCUUGAUUCUCUUGCUGGUCUAUGGUGUACUGCCUUAGGAGGAAAUGAGCCACGGCUUGUUUCUGCUGCUGUUGAGCAGUUGAACACCUUGCCGUUUUAUCACUCCUUUUGGAACCGUACUACUAAACCUUCACUGGAUCUUGCUAAGGAUCUUUUAGAGAUGUUCACGGCCAACAAAAUGGCCAAAGCAUUUUUUACAAGCGGUGGAUCAGAUGCCAACGAUACCCAGGUCAAGCUGGUUUGGUAUUACAAUAACGCACUUGGAAGGCCUGAGAAGAAAAAAUUUAUCGCGAGAAAUAAAUCGUACCAUGGCUCCACUCUUAUAUCAGCAAGUUUGUCCGGCCUUCCGCCGCUACACCAUAAUUUUGAUUUACCUGCACCAUUUGUGCUGCACACAGAUUGCCCUCAUUAUUGGCGUUUUCAUCUUCCAGGUGAAACGGAAGAGGAGUUCUCAACCAGAUUAGCCAAGAAUUUAGAGGAUCUUAUCAUCAAAGAGGGACCAGAAACUAUUGGUGCUUUUAUAGCUGAACCAGUCAUGGGUGCUGGGGGUGUGAUACCUCCACCUGCUACCUACUUUGAAAAGAUCCAAGCUGUUGUUAAGAAAUAUGAUAUCUUGUUCAUUGCUGAUGAGGUGAUAUGUGCAUUUGGAAGGCUUGGGACAAUGUUUGGCUGUGACAAAUACAACAUUAAGCCAGAUCUUGUGAGCUUAGCUAAGGCACUGUCUUCAGCAUAUAUGCCGAUUGGAGCCAUUCUUAUGAGUCAAGAAGUGGCAGAUGUCAUUUACUCUCAAAGCAACAAGCUAGGUAUUUUCUCGCAUGGAUUUACUUAUUCUGGUCAUCCAGUUUCAUGUGCUGUAGCAAUUGAAGCGUUAAAGAUAUACAAGGAGAGGAACAUACCAGAGUAUGUCGCCAAAGUUGCCCCAAGGUUUCAAGAUGGACUUAAAGCUUUUGCCUCUAGUAGUCCUAUUAUUGGAGAGAUAAGAGGAACAGGUUUGAUUCUCGGGACUGAGUUUGUCGACAAUAAAUCCCCGAACGAACCAUUUCCACCAGAAUGGGGUGUUGGCGCAUACUUUGGAGCCGAGUGCCAGAAGCGCGGGAUGUUAGUCCGUGUUGCAGGUGAUAGCAUAAUGAUGUCACCACCGCUCAUUAUCUCACCUGAAGAGAUCGAUGAGUUGAUUUCUAUCUAUGGGAAGGCAUUGAAGGCAACGGAAGAGAAAGUAAAAGAACUCAAGACUCAGCACAAGAAGUGAGAAGCAGAGUCCAAAUGAUGUUGAUGAAAAUGUUUUUUAGAUUUUCGAAAGUUUGGAUAUUUUGUUUUUUAACACACAAUUCUUUGAAUAAGUGCAUUUUAAUGAG